AUGGCAUUCCGUUUUACAUCCUUAAUCGCGUUCGGUUGUUUGUUGUUCGCUGCCGCUUCGACGAUCAAUGCUGCCGCCAUUGAUAAUUCGGUGGCUGAGCCGCGUAUACGCAAUACGGAUGAGCUGCUUACCACCAUUGUGGAUAACUGUUUCCAUGCUAAUGGACUAUAUUGUAUCAAGGAGAAAGUGUUAACCUAUUUAGAUGGCGUGGCUGGUGUGGAAGAAGAUAUUAGUGGACGCGCAUUCAGUGAGGAUGUCAUCGAUAAAGUGAUCGUUGAUCGUGUUGCCAGAAUUUUGAAUAACAAUGAAUUCCGCCUACGCUUGCCCGAAACCGGAUUUGGCAGUUCGGUGGUUAGUUACAGCGCUGCUCGCGGUUUUGAUGUGGAAGUGCCCGAGACUGGAGCCCGCGGUGAGAAGAAGAAGGACAAAUUGCUCCUGCCUCUGUUAUUGCUCAUGAAAUUGAAACUGAAGGUCGUCCUGCCAAUCCUUCUCGGUCUGAUUGGACUCAAAGCAUUCAAGGCUUUGAUAUUGUCGAAAAUCGCCAUCAAACUGGUACUUGGCUUCCUCAUCUACAACUUGAUCACCAAAUUGUCUGGCGCCAAAAUGAUGAUGGUGCCCGCGCCUGCGCCAUCAGCUGAAUACGGUCCACCCAGCACCACUGCCUCCUCAUACGAUCCCAGCAGUUGGGAACCAGCCAGCGGUGGCCCAUAUGCCCGUUGGGACACGCAAAGCCUCGCCUACAGCGCAUACCAUCCCAGCUCUAGCUCAUACAACUCCGGAUCCAGCUCGCCUGGUUCAUCGUCCAGCUACAGCUCAUCAUCGUAG